AGUAACAUGCAGAAGGGGAUAAGAACUGCAAGUUGAACCAUUCUAUUUGAAGUCAAAAUCAGGAGGCUCUCCGCAUAUAAGAAGGCCCCAUCUGCAAUCCAUGGAAUCAUGCAAGUUGAAGAAAGUCUUAAUGGAAAAGAACAGCUCCAAAAAGCCUGCGCUCCGAAAUAGGGAUGGCGAAGAGAAGGAGAUGAUGAAGAAAUCUAGUUCCGAUGAUGGACAAGAUGAUCUUAUGGAUAUCAAAGAGGUGCCGUUGUUAACCAUGACUGGGAAACCAUCUGCAGAAACAGAUAACAACAAUUUUGACUCCUCGUCAAUUCAGCAAAAUCAGGAGGAAGAUCAAAUUGAAUCAACUAAGGUCAAGGUGGGUGAGGUUAGAGAAGAAAACGAGAGGCUAAAACAGUUACUGGCUCAAAUGCUGAAGGAUUACCAGUCUUUACGAGGGCGUUUCUUCAACACACUUCAACAAGCAGACUCAAAGAAAUCUUCUACUACCAAUCAAGAAAUUGAAGAGCCUGAGAUCAUCUGCCUUAGCCUAGGAAGAACUUCAAGUACUGAAAUGAAGAAAGAAGAGAAAAAGAACAUGAAUGGAAGAAAGGAGGACGAGAAAUCGAAGAAUGAAGGACUUGCACUUGGGUUGGAAUGCAAAUUUGAGCCAGCUGCAACAAAAAAUCGAAGUUCAGAAAGUAGCUUUGAGGAGAAAGCUAUGGAGAUGUUGCCUCCCAAUAAAAUUCUGAAGACUGAGAGUUUAAGUGGAGAUGAAGCAGUUUUGCAUCAGGCACAGUUAAAAAAAACUAGGGUUUCUGUUAGAGCUAGAUGUGACACUCCAACACUGAAUGAUGGGUGCCAGUGGAGAAAAUAUGGGCAGAAAAUAGCAAAAGGGAAUCCAUGCCCUAGAGCAUACUAUCGGUGUACAGUCUCACCAACCUGCCCUGUGAGAAAACAGGUGCAGAGGUGUGUGCAGGACAUGUCGAUCUUAGUAACAACCUAUGAAGGAACCCAUGACCACCCACUUCCCCUUUCUGCCACAGCUAUGGCUUCCACUACAUCAGCAGCCGCUUCCAUGCUACAAUCUCAAUCAUCUACCUCCCAACCUGGCCUUGGAACCUCCUUUUCCAUCCCCUUGGCCACAUCUUCAGCUUCCAAUCUCCAUUACCCAGCCCUCAACUUCUCUCAAAAUUUAAGGCCCUAUCAAUACUAUGUCACAAACCCCUCAAUCUCAACUUCCAAUUCUCACCCCACUAUCACUCUUGAUCUUACUGCACCCGCCAAUCCCUCAUAUUUCAAUAAACUUUCUACUGCAACAAGAUACCCUCCAGCAUGCCUCAACUUCUCCUCUUCGUCUUCUUCAACUUUAGAGCUCAAUGCUAGUCAAAGAAACAGUACUUUUGGUUUAAUGAAUCUUGAAAGGCAACCAACGUCUCAAGAGCAAUUGUAUCGACCUCACACGCAAAUGAUCAUCAACCAGACACAAUCUCAACAGCCUUUACCGGAGACAAUAGCUGCUGCAACCAAGGCGAUUGCUUGGAACCCGAAUUUCAGAUCUGCCUUAGCGGCUGCUAUCACCACUGUUGUUGCAAAUGGAGGAGGAAUGAGUGCACAGGGAGAUAGUUCCGGCCUGAACAAGAAGUGGGGGGAUUCACUUCCUUUGAGUACACAAAAUGGAGUGGUGUGUGGUUCAAGCUUCUUGAGCCAAUCGUCAUUGGCGAAUUCUCCCCAGCAACAGCAACAAGAAAGAAGCUUACCUCUAUUCCCUAUUAAUUCAUUGUCGUUGGCUGCAUCCAAGAGUGCUUCAGGUUCUGUUGAUAAUGGUAAUCAUAUCAAGUGAAUGGCUUAGGUUGUGUUAACGGGCGUACUUGGGUCAUCGUAUAAAUAUUUUUAAUUUAA